AUGGCUGAGAAAAAGCGGAGCCAGUUUGAGGUGGCUCUACAACUGAGGUAUUUGGGUUUUAUCCUUUCUGUGGUCACCGAGAAAUACUCAAGCUCGAAGAAUGAGCGUCUGAUUGACGUGUUGGAGAGUGCGCCACACUGCACCAGCCACCCCCUGAGCGCCACAGCUCAGACGUUGACCAUGCUUCAUGGCAAAACCACCACCAUCACUUUGCCCCUGAACCAUCUGCGGAAACAAUACAAUAAGGACGGGGAACAAACUACUAUGAAGCACGCAAACAUGUCCAGUCCUGGGAAACCCCGAAUCCAACAAAACUCCAAAUGA